AUGACAGGCACAGAGAACAAGGGCCAGGAUGGCGCAAAGGAUAAUGACAAGGUUGAGCAAAUGCUCUUUGAGAUUUACUUUGUUGACACUUCCACCAAAGCUGCUCAACUUGACAAGAUCGCCCCUGUACCAAAGAUAGAGAUGGAAAAGAAGUUGUCCGAGGUCCGAGCCCACCUCCGCGCCAACAAGGCCCUAUCGUGGAGAGAGGCAUCUUGCACCUUCUGCACUCUUUCGGGAGCAGAGCUGAAAGACAACCUCACUCUUGCUGACUACAAGGACCUCGCUGCGAGCCAGGGAAAGGAACCCGGAGCCGAGAAAGAUAAAUCCAAAGAGAUUGUCACCAAUGUGAAGGAAACUGACAAAAAGGAAAAGACAUCGAUCAAAAUCUACUUUCGCUCGCUGAAGCGCAACUUGGGGUUGGAUGAGAAGACCAAGGAGUUUCUGAAGCAGAAGAUGGAAUUUGAGCUCAAGAAAGCAGAGCUCUUACCUGAAGAGGAGCGCAAGAUGCUCAAAGGUUCGUACAGCCAUCGGGACUUUAUGGCAGAAGUUGGAACCGGAAGCAUCAUCCAUCCGGCCGACAUGUCAGAGGAACAAUGGAACUCUGUGGUAGAGACCAAUUCCUUGCUCAACGGAAACACCAUUUUCCGAGAAGCAUACAAUCUUCCCAUCACAGUGGAGAGAGCAAUGUACCCUGCCUUUCGACUCAAACCUCGCGCCAUUUUCGACUUUACUGAAGACGGUCCCAACCCAAACGUCGCCAACAAGGGGGCUGGGAAGAAGGGGAGUCAAGGAACAACUGAAGAGUACCGAAUCCCUCGUUUCAUUGUUACAGAUGACGCGUAUGUCGAAGUGUCUGAACACAAGACAUCGGUAAUGACGGCCAUGGCUGAGAGUUCUCUUUCCAAGAACUCAUCUGAGGUUGCCAUAGGAGAUGGUGCUUUCGGAUGGAGUGGCGGUGUUACUGGUGGCCACGAAUACGAAAGCAGUGAACGCAACCAGGUACGAAGGAAUGAAGAGACCAAUCACAUGAUUAUCACCUACAACUUCCCACGCGUCACUCUUAGCCUUGACUGUGAUAACCUAGAGUUGACUCAGGAAUGCAAGAAUGAUCUUACUACUGUGAAGACUCGUGAGGAUGCUGGGAGAUUUAAGAGAAAGUUCGGGUGUUUCUUUUCCACCAAGGUACAGUUGGGCGGCCGUUUGCACUCGACUCAAGAAUCCACGGCUGUUACGGGUGAAAAUAUCGGAGAAAAGUCGAAACGGCUCAAGAUCACGGCAGCAGCAUCUUUUGCUGGACCAGCCGCCGAAGGUACUGUCAAAGGCGGAUAUGGAGAAGAUAGUACGCAACAGAAUAAGUCUUCGACUUCUACGUACGACAGCCACAUGGCUUGGGAGGCCAAAGGAGGCGACACUCUUCUCUGCAAUAAUCCUCCUGCCUGGUGCAGUACCGUUUCAUCGUACUACAAUUGGCGUGUAGUCAAGCAAGAUAAUGUCAUCUCAAUUGAAGACAUAAUUUCUCAGGUUGCAAAGGACCAGAAGCAUGUCUUUGAGAAAUUGAAGAAAUUUGAAGAGCGCGCAUCUAACGAUUCGGUGGAUGUCUGCUUUUAUCACAAAGAAAGCCAAAGAUACCUCGGGUUCAAUACAGAUUUUGAGUCUGUCCCCGAGAUCAUGCUCGAAGAUCUCUUCAAAAGAGAAGAAUUCCUAGCUCCGCAAAUCGGGAACAUCAAACUAGGAGGUAGCCGAGAAUACUGUAAGUUGCUUUAUGCCCAAAUGUUGGGAAGAGGAAACAGAAAGACGCUUUCUUUGGGUGGUGUCCAAGAAGGUAAUGCGCAGGUAUUCCAGCUCUCUGGGAAAGUGGUAGAAGGUGAUGGUAAACGUCUCCGGCUCAUGACGCAGGAAGACUACAAUGUGUGGAAGGCUGAUGUCAAUUGUCCGGUCGGCUACGUCCCUGGUACAGAAAAGUACAAGAGGACUCAGCUGCAAGACUGCUACAAGAUCAAGAAAGAGGAACCGGUGCGCUUCCGCUGUAUCCCCGUGGUUAACCAGACUGCACAAGGUCUUGGACAAGAAACAAAAGUCACGAUCGAAGUCUACUCGGGGACAGAGUUUUUGGGGCAUAUCCGAGAGGCAGAAGGGUACAAGGGGGCAGUUGUGGUAGAUCGCGGUCCCCAGGAUCAGUUCCACGACGGAGGCGACGUCAAAGCCAGUGAUCCAUUGCAAUUCACUCUGCGAUACCAGCCGUACGAAGACAAUGCGGUAUAA